AUGCAUGCCAAAGAACCUAACGAUUAUAUGACUAGGGCUCAGAGAGCCAAUAUGGAGAAGGGAACCAUUGUGAGUGAAGUUCCAACAUGGGCAGAAGGAAUGUAUGAAACACCAUCGAAGAGUGUUGUCGACAGCCAGUCUGCUAAACCUAGGUUAAAAGAUAAAUACUCGCGUUCAUUCCGAACCAUAUCGGAAGCACGAUUAGACAAACGUCUGCGUACUGAGAAAAAAGCCAUCGAGAAAGCGACGUUUGAGACGCCAACCGCAUCAAGUUCGGCAUCUGAUACAGCCGCCAACGACGAGAAAAGACACACAAAUAAAUCGAAAGAGAAACGCAAAAAAGUAUCAAAGAUUGCACCACUUCAAAUGCCGCCAGUCACCGACACUUCUGAUGUUGCUUCGAGUUCCAGUGGGGAAGAGAAACCCUCACCAAAGGCUCUUAUUCGCGAACUUGACGUGGAGUCUAUCGUAAAAGAUUCCGGCUCAGGACCUACGAGCUCAUCCGAUGAUUUGCCUGAAGAGACGGUUUUGAAAAAAACAUUCCAGCGGCCAAAAUCUGCUAAAGGACCACGGGCUUCGCUAUUCAAAACAGGUAGCGACGAUCACAAUAUGGAGCGUGUACCAACGAUUUGGAAUCCAUAUUUGGCUGGAGACAGAGUGGCCAGUUUCUGGAGAAACAAUCAACAUGACAAUUAUCCAGCUCCAGCAAGCCCAACGUUCGACGGAAUUGUGAACAACAGUUUAUAA